CACACCCACACCCUCAAGAUCAGAAGAAAAUGGUUUCAAAAGAACAGCAACUAACUUCUGACAUCUCCAGCGACUAAAUGGGAAGUAGAAAAACGGCUUUGGAGAGGGGAGUCAUUUUCAUUGGCUAAGGUUUACUCUCCUUGAUAAAUAUUUAUAAUAUGCAUUAGAUUUUUUAAAAAUAAAAAUAUUCAUAAUUAUUUAUUCUUUUCAGUGAAAUAUACAUACAGAUAUUAUUUUGUUUAUUACUAGUUAAGCUUUUUCGUCUGAUCGAGUAAUUACUUUCAAUACAUUUGAUGUGCUAGUAGGAAUGAUUAAUCCGUCAAUAAGUGACAUAUGAAUAUAUGGAUUGGUCGAAACGUAAACAAAUGCAAACGACAUUGCAGAAUUUGUUUUUUUCCGUCUUCAUUCUGUCAUCGACACAUAUAUAAAAUCUGCGUUGUUAGUUCCUUUCCGUAAACAGAUUAUGAAAUAGUCGAAAAUGGCCGAUUUUUCACUUAUUUAUUCAAUGUUAUUGAUAUAAUGUUUUAUCACAGUAAACACUGUUUUAUCAUCAUCAGCUGUCAAUGUUGAUGGUCAGUGGACAAUUGUUAAUUAUCGUCAAUAGCCUCAAUGUAAUGGUAUUCAAAUUAGAAUCAGUCGUGAUGAACAAAAUGAAAAUCUUUACCAUAACAAUACACAUAUAAUUAAUUUGUUACGCUGUGCUAUACAAUUUGAUCAUUCUACUAAUAAAUGGAAAUCUUAUGGUUGUCCAUCAGCUUUGAUGAGUGGUUUACCAGAAGAUAUGAAAAAAGAAGAUAUAAUUUCGAACUUACUCUUCACUAUUCAACGUAUUCAAAUUCAGAAGGAACAGCAAUUAAUUAUCACAACAAGUAAUGGUGAACAAGUUCAAUUAUCUCGUUUACAAUAA